UAAAUACCCACUUGUCAACCAUCAUUGAUGAUGAAAAUUUUGUAUCAAGAAUAUCCAUUUUUUCAACUCAUUUAAUUUAUUAAUAAAAACUUGCAUCAUUUGUUGAAAUAAAUUAAGUUUAUCAAGUAAUUUAAUUGCGUCAAUAAUAAUUCUAUAAUCAGUUGAAAGUUUAUGGCUUAAAAUUAUUUAUAGCCAAGUGAAAAAUAAAUAACCAUGAGUUUAAUUUCUGAGCCUUUGUUUUUCACACUUGCUCUAUUAGAUACUGGAAUAAUAUUAUUUGUUCUUGUCUAUUUUGUGAUUAUACUGUCAGAUCUUGAGUGUGAUUAUCUCAAUGCACGUCAAUGCUGUUCACGUUUAAACAAGUGGGUGAUACCAAAAACUGUUGCACAUUCAGUUCUCAAUUUAUGCUUGUUAUUGUAUGGUCAUUGGAUUUUAUUCUUGAUGAAUCUUCCAUUGACCAUUUGGCUGUGGUAUGAAUAUUUAACAGUACCAAAAGGAAAUACUGGUGUAUUUGAUCCAACUGAAAUUCACAAUUGUCGUUUACUCAGAAGACACACAAGAGACACCAUGAUUUAUCUUGGCUAUUAUCUCGUCUUUUUCUUCAUUUAUUUAUACUGUAUGAUAAUAUCUCUGCUCAAAGGUGAUCCAAUCGACAGAUCAGAUGAUGACAAUGUCGAGUUUUAAAAUCAUCAAAAAACACUGAUGAAAAUUUAAAAUACAAUUAGCAAUUAAUUAUUUAUUUUUUCAUUAUCAGUUUAAGAAUUAUACUGUUAAUUUAUCCUCUCAUUUUAUGGCUUCAUCAACAUCAACAAGAAACCUACAAAAAUUAUCAAAUUAAAUAUCAAAUUUACUUGAAUAAAAUGGAAACCAAAAAGGGGAUUAUAAAUUACCAAACAAUUGUAACAAAAAUGAAAUACUUUUUGUCCACUUGUUUGUAUAAUCAAAGUUUGUUAAAUAUAAGUUUAAUAUUUGUGAUGUUUGAAUGAAAAAAAAAACAAACCAAACAAUAAAUUUAAGAAAGUAAAUUCUCUAUUUGUACGACAGAUAAAUUUCUAGUCGAUUGGUGUUAUCACCGAAAUACAGUAAUAAUUUUAUAUGUUAAAAAAAAAAAAAUUGAAAUACAAAUUUUUACAUGUUUUUC